UUUUGACAAGGAAUUGAACAAGUUCCAUAUUUCAAUAUGCGGUAUAGAUGAAGAAAUUUCCAUAAUUACUUUAUUCAAGCAUAACACCAGAUUAGUUUUUUCCGAUUCUAACCUCAACUCAUGUAUUUAGAGAAGGUUGUAUAGGCCUAGUUGUCUUCAGCGUCAAUAAAUUUAUCUGAAUUGUUCUGGUACGGAAUCAUAGGUAACUUCACAAUACAAGAUAAAAUAUGGCUGACAGUGGAUAUGAGCCUGGAGAUCAUAGGCAGCAUUUGAAACAUCCUACAAACUACAUGGAGACUCUUAUUCAUUUCUAUAAAGCAUGUAUUGGUACCGGUAUAAUGGCAAUGCCUUAUGCUUUCAAAGAAGUGGGCUGGGCCUCUGGAUUAGCCAUCACAAUUGUCAUUGGCUCAUUAUGUGUCUACAUGACCAACAGAUUGGCUAUAAGUUCUCGCAGAAUGUGUAUUCUGGAGCAAAAGCCGACCAUGUCUUAUGUGAACACAGCCAAUGCGUGUCUCAAAUAUGGUCCCGAAUUGACGAAGAAUUUCAAAUAUUUUGGAUCUACUGCUAACAUGUUCCUGAUCCUGUAUCAGUUUGGCUGCUCUUGUAUCUAUGUUGUCUUUGUAUCUGGAAAUUUGAAGCAUGUUUGGGACUACUGCUACCCGGAGACCAACCCCGACAUAAGACUGUUCAUGCUCAUUGUGAUGAUCCCUCAGUGCAUAGUGGGCCUGGUAGACAACUACAAGCACCUGUCCUACUUCUCACUAUUGGCCGACAUUUGCACCAUAUCCGGGUUUGUCCUAAUGUUCGCCUGCUAUCUGCUGGUUGAUACCAAGUCACUGUCCGAGAUCUCACCAUCCAACAACGGAGUCUACAGAUUUCCAAUGUUUGUGGCUACUGUUUUCUUCUCAAUGGAGGCGGUUGCAAUUAUUCUAGCCUUGGAAAAUGAAAUGAAAACUCCCAAGCACUAUACAGGGUAUUUUGGUAUCGUAAACAUGGCAAUGAUACCGGCUGUGGUUCUCUACACAGCGUUUGGAUUUUGUGGAUACCUAAAAUAUGGAGAAGAUGUCAAGAGUUCAGCUACUUUCAAUCUACCCGUUGGGGACAGAAUAGCUCAAGUGAUACUUUUUUCGAUGAGUUUCGCUAUCUUUGUGACCUAUCAUCUAUCAGUGUUCGUAACCUAUGACCUGAUUUGGAAAACAUAUCUGGGUGGUCCUGAUGAAAGCAAAAAUACUGAAACUCAUGUGGAAAUAAAUUUCUUUCGACACUAUAUGAUCCGCUUGGCAAUAAUCCUUGGUACAAACUUGUGUGCGAUGGGAAUACCAAAUCUGAGUCUGUUUAUCGUAUUGCUGGGGGCUCUCACUCUAUCAGUGACUGGUUUUGCCUUUAUUGUGAUGAUGUGGGUCUGCAUUUACUGGAAUCAAUAUUCUGGAGUGAAGUUUGCCAUUUUCAUUGCUUACAAUGCAUUUCUCCUUUUCCUAGCAGGCUGUGUGGCUGUAUUUGGCCUUGGACAGGCUAUUUACGACAUUGCAAUUUUCUAUGAUGGUGAAGAGACAUUUGAUUGAAAAUUUGUUUUAGUUCUUUAAUGAAUCCAUCCAUUUUUCUCUUGAAGCGAUAAUCGGUUGAAGUUUUAUUGCUAUGAAUGAAUAUGGGGAUUAUUCCCUACAUCGGUCACAAACUUUUCGAUCCAAAAUAAAAAGAAGCAAUGUUGAGAAAGAUUUAUAAAAUUCUUGAAUAUAAUUAAACAGUUUUUUUAGUAGUCUAUAACAAUGCUCCACUGCAAUGAAACAUUUUCUCAAAACCUUGAUACUUAUUCCUCUCCAUCUUUCACUUUCUACUUCAUUUUUAUUUUCAUUGUCUAAUAUUCAUAUUGUAUCAAGUAGUUUGUAUCAGGUAUUCUGUUUCUUGAAUAAUUGUUUAUUGAAUAAAAAUAAUUCAUUAUAGAACUUUUACAUGGU